AUGAAAAAUAGUGAAGAGUGGGAAAAGGAGAAGAUCUACGACCGCCAGCUGCGGCUAUGGGGAGUGAAGGCACAAAACCGAAUGAUGAAGUCCAACGUACUAAUCCUUGGGUUAAGCGGUAUCAACAUAGAAAUAUGCAAAAAUUUAAUCCUUAAUGGAAUUAACAUAACCAUAAUUGAUGACAAUAUAGUGAAUGAAGAAAUGGUUGAGAAUAUUUUUUUUUUGAACGAAUCGGACAUAAACAAUUAUGCAUGUGUAGCUAUUUUUAAAGAAUUGAAAAGUAUAAAUAAGAUGAUAAAUAUGAAGGCAUACAUAGGGCGAAUGGAUACUCCAAAUGACAGCAUAAUUAUUGACAGCGAAUUGGUACAGAAUGGAAAUGGGGAAAUAAAUUACCCUUUAUACAAAUUAGUGAAGAUGAACGAAUUUUGUCACGAGAAAAAUAUUGGCUUCUUCGCUGCAAUGUGUAAUGGGAAGUUUGCUUUUUUGUUCUCCGAUUUUGGCAAUCACGUGAUUGAGGAAUCGUAUUACAAGGUGAAGGAAGGACAAAAGAAGGGUGAGACAGGUGCUAACAAGGCGGGGGACCUACAGAAGAAGGAUGAAACAGGUGCCAACAAAGCGGGGGACCUACAGAAGAAGGAUGAAACAGGUGCCAACAAGGCGGGGGACCUGCAGAAGAAGGAUGAAACAGGUGCCAACAAAGCGGGGAUCCAAAUACAGUAUUGCAAAUUGUCCCACUUUCUCAAAGUACCAUUUGAAAAUUUUGACAAAAAAACGAACAAAAUUAUUUUCCCUAUGUUUGCGCUAAUCCUAUUCGAACAAAAUAAGCAGCUGAAUAAAAACGAUAAAUCGAUUGACGAACAGGAAUUUUAUACUUUUUGUGAUCAAUUUAGCCUCUCGAAGUGCAAGGAAAGUUUGGGCGAAAUAACCAAGACGUAUAGAGUUGCCUUUUCGCCAUCCUGCUCCAUCAUGGGCGGUGUAACUUCGCAAGAAAUUCGGAAAUUCGUGUCCAAGCAGCACGAGUCCAUCCCCAACUUUUGCGUUUUCGACAUGAACCAGAACGUCGUCUGCACGUCGAUGAUUUCGUGA